AUGAUUAGAGUAACUACUCAAAAGGAUGAUUAAUUCAUCUACAAACCAGGACAGGACACCCCAAGAAAUUCUAAGCUUACUAAGGGAUUUAUCGGUUUUAUAGCUGCAAUCUCUAUGAUUGCUGUUACUUCAAUCAAUUAUUCAACAGAUUCAUAGCAAAGUGUUUUAGGCUUUGAGGAUAAAAUUGUUACAUUAUCCAAAGUUGCUUCUCAAGAUUAAUCCCUAGAUACCAUUAUUAACAAGCUAUUGAGACUUGAUAUUAAAGAUUGCGUACAAGCUAUAUAUGAUACUUUCUUUGAUCCUUAGAAUCUUUUGGCAGAUGAUCUGUGGGACGAUGCUUAGAUAAGAAUGUAAAACGUGCUUUAAGUUCCAGCAAACGCUACUCUACUAGAAAUGCUGCAGAGUGAUAGAACAUAUCUCGGCCGAGAAAUUGAAAAUUAUUUAAAAUCAAAGCAUGUUUCUAAUCUCUAUAAUGCUAUAAAAAUUGCCAAUGAAACCUUGUCACUCUCUAUCGAAUAGUAUUAUUAUUAAGGCUAUGCUGCGCAUUACUCUUAAUUUGGAACAAUCUUGACAGUUCUUUAAAGGGAGUUUGCCUAUAAUCUUAUCAAAGAUAAUUAAAGCAAAGUUUUACAACAUGACAUUGAAACCUACCAGAAAAAUGCCUUAAAUCUAUACGAAACAUUAUACAACUUGACUGCCUAAAGAUAUAAGCUUCUAGUUAAUUAAGAAAUAGCUAAAUAAACUAAUCUAUACACCUUUGUUAAUGGUAAAGUGAAGAGUUUUAUUGGAAGUGAAUCAUAAGACUUCAUCACUGAGUCAAGAGCUAAAGUUCAAUAUGAUAUACUUGUGAAAGAAGCUAACUAAGUAGUAAUAACAGAACUUGACAUCUUGAUUCUUCCAUCAACUAAAUGGCAUUUUUUCGUCAACAAGAAUUCCUCCAUUUCUUAUGAUCCUGUGCCUUUAAAGAAAGCUGUACUGUCUUAUUCUGCAAAUUUCGGCAAGGGCAUCUCAUAUGAAGAACUAUAUCCUUUCGACGAUGAAGAUCUCUAUAUUAAGCAUGGAGAUAUCAGCAUGAUAAAAAUAAGAGCUGGUUCAAUGGUUAACAGUCUUUAAUUUUUCUAUGGAAUCUAGACUGAUGAACUUUAAAGAGACUCGAAAUAUAUUUUUUUGGCUCCUGGAGAAAAAAUUAUCAAGAUUUUCCUCAGAGCUGGAGAUAGCCUAGAUGGGAUUGGCUUCGUCACAAAUAUUGGUAAGCGCUAUUGGUAUGGUGGUAGUGGUGGCUUUUACUAUGAAGCUGUAGCUCCAGAAGAUGGCUAUCUAGCUGCUGUGAGAGGACUCCAAGGAAAAAAUCAAACAGGGCAAAUUAACUUUAUCUGGGUUACUUACAAAUGA